GAAUUCAACGCAGGUGAUAGGGGAGAUUUGGAACAGAGAUCCUUGUAGUCGCUGAUAGAAUAUGCCGAGGUGGCUCAAUACCAUUGGCUGUCUUGUCCUACCUCUCCAUCCAGAUAAUAUCCAACCAACACAAACCCCUCUCUUUCCGACACUCAUCCACAUACUACUAUAGAGCCAAAACCAAAGCAAAAUGGCCUCUUGACUGUGUUUUCCUCCUUUUGCCCCAACCCACCCAUGGCUCCAGCUCUCUCCUCCAACUCAUUCCUCCUAAGCACCACCCCCUCUUCGAGGCUAACCACCCUCCGCAACCCGCGGCUCGCCGUUUCAGCCAAGAGGGCCGGCCCCUCCCCCCCUUUCCGGUUCGGCAAACCGGCCGAUGAUUCGUCCGCCGAGGAAAGCCCGACGGACGAUAAACCGAGUUCCAAUCCCUUUUCCUUCAAUUUCGGUAAGGUGUCCGAUGUGAAGGCUCUGAUCCCAGUCGUUGCUAGCCCUUCUACGGGCUUGUCUUUCGGGAGCCUGAGACGGAAAGACCCCGGCACCGUGUUUGUUGCCGGUGCGACUGGGCUGGCAGGCGUCCGCAUCACCCAAACGCUGCUGCGCGAAGGUUUUACGGUUCGGGCUGGGGUGGCGGACCUGGGAGCUGCCCAGGAGCUUGCCCGCAUUGCAGCCCAAUACAAGAUCAUAUCCAACGAAGAAUCAAAAAGUCUCAACGCCGUCGAAUCCACCUUCCAAGACGCCGAAUCCAUCGCCAAGGCCAUCGGCAAUGCCAGCAAGGUCGUCGUCACCAUCGGCCCCGACGAAAACGGCCCCGCAGCCGAGGUCACCACGUCGGACGCCGCGCAAGUCAUCCAGGCCGCCCAGUUUGCCGGCGUGGGCCACGUGGCGAUCAUCUACGACGAAGCGGCGACCUUCUCGACCUACAACGUCCUCGACGGCAUAUCGUCGUUCUUCAGCAACCUCUUCUCGCGGUCUCAGCCGCUGACGGUGCCGGAGCUCCUGCAGAAGGUGGUGGAAGCCGGCGACGUCAGUUACACGCUGAUCAAGACGCGGCUGACGGAGGACUUUUCCCCCGAGAGUUCGUACAACGUCGUCGUGUCGGCUGAAGGGAGUGUUGGUGCAAACGACUACAAAGUAGCUAAGUCGCAGAUAGCGUUGCUGGUGGCAAAAGUUUUCGCCAACACAGCCGUGGCGGCAAAUAAGGUUGUUCAAGUUUGCACAAAUCCAGCUGCCCCAUCGAAGACUGUGGAUGAACUAUUCAGUGCCAUUCCUGAGGACGGAAGAAGAAAAGCCUAUGCAGAAUCCCUUGCAAAGGCAGAAGCCGAGGAAGAAGCCAGAAAAGCUACAGAGAGAGCACUAGAAGCAGCCAAUGUAGCAAAGAGGAUACAAACCGAAGUCAAAAAGCUCGAAGAGCAAGAAGCUCGAGCAGCCAAUCUAGCUGAAGAGGCACAAGUGAAGGCCGAGGCUGCAGGAGCUUCAGUGGAAGGCCUCUUGGACAAGGCAAAGGAGAUUGGUUCCGGACUGUCUUGGGAAAAGUUCAGCUCACAAAUUGCAACAGCUGUUCAAAAGCCAACUGAGAAGCCGAAAGUCCAGAUUGCCACCGUAAGAGGACAAGCCAAGGCUCAAACUCUGCGUGCCAAAAAAGCAGUCAUCAAACCACCAACCCCAAAACAAAAGCAGCCGCCAAAGCCAAAAGAAACAAAAACGGAGUCCCAGCCCGAAACGAGGAAGAUUUUUGGUGGACUGUUUCAGCAAGAAACUAUCUAUGUUGAUGACUAAGAAGUGAGAAGGGAUUUUCGUCAAAGUUCAGUCUUUGUGGCUAUGUUAGCUUUGAGACAUGGUUUAGAGUUGAUGAUAUUGGUGUUCAUGGGGUGUAAAGUAUUCGAGUCUCAGCAAGAAAAUGUCUGGAUUUCUUGCCUUACUGUUUGAGGCUGUCCUAUUAUUCUUUUUCUUUGAUUAUGUAGCAUUUCCAGGAGUCAGGACUACUUCUACGUUCAUAAACCUGAUGUAAUCUUUGAGCGGUUGAAUAAAAUCGAGGCUUAACGAUUUC